UACCAUAACACGUCCCUCCAUUGCCAGCCGCUGUACCUAUCACCAGCGCGGGAGUAUCGGCGUGCGAUAUCCCACUAGUGUUGGCGCAGUCUGAUAUUAAUAGCGGGAAUUAGUGGCCGGCGGUUCUCCGCUGUCAUCAAUUUCGUGCGGAAAAAGUGUUUUGGAGAAAUGUGUUAUGUUCAACACAGUUACACAUACAUGUUUGAUGUUUAUCUACGCAUGAUGUUUUACUUAUAGACAAAAAAUUAUGUGAUGUAAAAAAAAAAUAAAAAUAAAAAUCAAGAAAAACAAAACAUUUACAUCUAUAUAUACUAGAGCAAAAAAUGUUGAACAAGUUUCGAGGCUGUAACCGAAUUCUCUGGAUUUAUCAUUACACCGGGGAAGCUCGGAGUGAACCGGGAUACAAGGAUUUGGUAACAUUGUCGAUAGAGACCUGUUGAGAUCCCGUGUCAUGCUGGGCAUCAUAUCGACUGACAUAUCCUGUGUGGGCGAUGAUAAUGCUGUCUGGAACACCAGCAACGACGCUAUCAGACAAACAUCCCUUUGAUUCCUGUCAUCAAACAGUUGCCAAUAAAUCUAGAAUAGUGUCUCGAAAAACAACCGAUUUUAGUUGUCAGUGAAAACACACAUUCGAAUCAUGCUGGAACAUCAAUUAAAAUCGAUCAAUCGAUUCAUGCACAUGUUCAAGAACCGAACAACGGAGUUUGAUUUUACCAACACGACAUCUACACCUUGGGCUCAACGUCACUCUGAUGAAGUGUUCGAGAAGCUCAUCUUGGCGUUCGCGUAUGGCAUUCUCAUAGUGAUAUCGUUUUUUGGGAACAGUAUAGUCUGUUACGUAAUCCUACGGAACAGGCGGAUGUACACAGUGACAAACUUCUUCAUCGCUAACAUGGCUAUGUCAGACUUACUGCUCACACUGUUCAACGUUCCUUUCAACAUAGCUAAACACCUUCUGGACAACUGGCCGUUCGGCGACGUUCUUUGUCAUUUCGUGAAUUUUUCACUGAUGGUAUCAGUUUAUGUUUCGACCUUCACCUUGACCGCCAUAGCCCUUGACCGACAGAACGUGCUACUUAAACCUCUCCAGCCGCGCAUGACGAAACAGAUGGGCCUGGUCGUGCUAGUGAUAAUUUGGUUGAUUGCGAUUUUCUUUUCCUUGCCGUACGGUAUUUUCAAUAAGGUACAAAGUAUAAGUAUGAUGGUAAAGAGGGUCGACAGAUGUAGUCCGCACUUCCCAGAACCACAGGAAGUUUUUGCGAAGUAUCUGACACUGGUUACAGUUGUAUUACAGUAUAUAAUCCCGCUGAGCAUUAUUGCCGUGGCAUACGGUAGGAUCGUGAUGCGCCUGUGGAAGCGAGUGCAGCUCGGAGCCGUAACGCGAACGCAACAAAUGUCACAGGCGAAAGCGAAACGCAAAAGUAUCAAGCUGCUGGUGACUGUCGUCAUUGUGUUCGCGCUGUGCUGGAUGCCUUUGAACUUGUACCACAUAUUGACCCAGUUUCAUCCGGAUAUCCGGACAUUUACGUACGACAGUACAGCGUUUUUCGUGUUCCAUUGGAUCGCCAUCAGCAGUACGUGUUACAAUCCGUUCGUAUAUUGCUGGCUUAACGAGAGCUUCCGAGCGGAAGUCAAAUCUUGCUUCAGCUGCUGCAAGAGAUCGCGACGUGUACAUCCGGGCAUUGAUGUUGAUGGUAUGCUCAUCCGCCAUGAUGUAUUCCGGCGAUCGAAGACUAUAACGAGCAUGAUUCGAUCGAGCACUACUUUCAGUUCUAUCCGGAUAACUACCAACACCAGUGUUCACAGAGACUCAUACCCGUUUUGUGUCAGAGACCAAACACCACUGGUCAACUCUCAGAAGUUUGUCUCCACUGAAUUCUCCAAUGUAAUGUGUGAAGACAACUUAACUAGUUAGACACAAGAGAGUCGUCGUCAACAACACAAUAACAACUUUGUAUGACCGGUGAUUGUGGUACAUUUGGAAAACAUCACGUGUGUUUGCAAUAUAGUCAUUUUGAGGAAACUUGGCCAAAUUUUGUCCACGAACAAAUGCUGCAUAUUGUUUACAAAUGGACGGUAUUAUCUGGAGGCUGGAUAGAGCUAUCAAUCGUAUGAUAGAGAGGCCGGAAAGUGAUGAUCCCCGAUUUUGGAGGUCCACGUACUUUGAGGCAUUUAGUUUAGUUUCACAGCCUGGGUAUAUGAACGGUCGGACGGACAGCCUGGGAUGGACAGUCGGAUGGACAGCCCGGGUAUAUAAAUGGUCGGACAGACAGCUUGUGUAUAUUGACAGUCUGACGGACGUACACGUUAUGUUAUUGACAACUUCAUCAAUAUUUGAUCACGUGAUCAAUGCUUAAAAAAUUAUAAAGUAUAUUUGCUGAUUACAAUGACAGUUUACCAAUACAUUUAAUGUUGUCUGUCGCGCACAUUGAGGCCCUUCGGUAACGGUUGCUACGUCACAAAAGUCUUAGCUGUGAUUUUUUUGGUUAAAUCCUGCUAGACUGAUUGUUUUUUCGAAAACAUUUCUUCACGUUGAUAAAAAGUGACACAUAAUAAUACUAUAUAUAUAAAUAUGUGAACCAAUUCAAUAGCA